AUGUUCCCUUCACAGGUGGCCAAUUUCAACAUCGAGGCCGUGAGUGGCAUUUGCGGCUCCAUAUCAAUUGCUUGCUGGGUCGUCGUCUUCUCCCCGCAAAUUAUCGAAAACUUCCGCCGCGGCUCAGCAGACGGCCUCUCGCUGCUCUUCCUCAUCGUCUGGCUAGCGGGCGAUGUAUUCAAUAUCCUCGGUGCCAUUCUGCAAGGCGUGCUGCCCACAAUGAUUAUCCUGGCUGUGUACUACACUCUCGCGGAUAUCGUGCUGCUGGGACAGUGCUUCUACUAUCGCGGCUUUAACAUUACGAAUGAGCUAUCUGCUUCUCCUACACCGACGUCAGAUGCUACUGCCACUGCUAGUGUGGAGCAGAGUGAUGGCGAGGGUAGUUCCACGCCGGUCCCAACAGAGCAAUCAGCUCUGCUUCCUAAAUCCACGAUCACGUCCCCAUCCAAUAGACAUAUCCAGAUCCAGCAGCCGACAGAACACACACAUCAUGCACACGAAGCUCAGAACGGCGCACGCCCUCUUUCGUCCUCCUCGUCCACACGCAACAUAGGAAGAAGACACUCGGCCACAUCCUUCCACGAUCUCCUCCACUCCUCAGUAGACGGCACGCACCUCUCCCCCGCGACGCCCUUCAUCGAGUCAGAAUCAGAACGAGUCCUCUCCCAACGGACCCGCCGCCGCAUCUCCUCCCUGCAAACAGCCCUAUUCAACGCCACAGCCAUUGCUCUCGUCUGCGCGGCAGGGAUUUUGGGCUGGUACGUCAGCCCGGGCUCAAAGAGCUCCACUGACGAGCCCGAGCCUCUUGCCAUGGAUACGCUUGGCCAAGUGUUCGGGUAUCUCUGUGCGGUGUUCUAUCUAGGAUCGCGACUGCCACAGCUUCUUUUGAACUUUAGGCGCAAAUCGACGGAAGGCGUCUCCUUGCUCUUCUUUCUCUUUGCCUGCAUCGGCAACUUGACCUAUGUCUUGUCGAUUCUAGCGUAUUCGCCCGUCUGCCGUGGUUCCUCUGAGGCUGUGGCUGUCAGUCCUGUGCAGCAUCAUUCCCAUGUACGCUGUCGGCCUGGUGAAGCGACUGCUAUAUAUGGGCGAUAUAUACUGGUUAAUCUGUCUUGGCUGGUUGGCAGUGCUGGCACACUGUUGCUAGACAUGGCUAUUUUUGUGCAGUUCUUUCUGUACAGCAGUUCCAAAGUUGAGGAAGAAGAUGGGGAGUAUGAAAACCGCGCUUAG